AUGAAGGGUAAUAACGAAAGGUCAGUGAGAAUUGAAUAUAACACAAAGCAAUCAGUUGGCAAGGCUACACGAGGCCACACGAGGCCGUCUUUUGAGGCUGAUUAUUAUUCUGGAGAAAGGGCUAAGGUGACAACUUUAAGAAUUGAAUUGUACAGUUGCUUUGGUACUGCUGUUGAUAAUAGAGCUGAUAGUAAUGACAAAUUAUUGAAAAUAUUUCAU